UACCAUAUAUACCAUUAUGGUGGCUUACAACACUAAAUAGUGGUGGUUUUCGGUAUAUUUUAGUGAUUUUUGUACCGAGCUAAGUUGGCUGCGAAUUAGACUACUUCCUUUUCCGUGUUAGCUGUGAAAGAAAAAACAUGCCGCUAGCAAAAGAUUUACUGCACCCUCUGCCCGCUGAGGAGAAACGCAAGCACAAGCUGAAGCGUCUGGUCCAGCACCCCAACUCCUACUUCAUGGACGUGAAAUGCCCUGGCUGCUACAGAAUCACAACUGUGUUCAGUCAUGCACAGGGCGUCGUGGUCUGCGCUGGCUGCGCCACCAUUCUGUGCCAGCCAACUGGAGGACGUGCCAAGCUGACAGAAGGCUGCUCGUUCCGCAGGAAGCCACAGUAAAAUGGGACUCUUGGAUGAACCACAAAUUAUUAAUUUUUUAAUAAAAACUAAAACGUAAAGAAUCCACACGAAAAACUCACAUCCAACUCUUUUUCAUUCGAAAAUGUGUACCCGCCCAUCGCCUUUCUAGACGCCGCCGCUGUUCCGUUCCCAAGGGAUUUGUGAGGAGCGCAGCCCCUGCAAGGCGAUGCACAGCACACAGCAACAACAAAUAACAACAGCAGAAAGCAGCAGGAGCAGCGAAAAUUUUUAUAUUAAGUAGUUUUAAAACGUUUCAACUACGAACAAGAAGGAUUGACUGUGGCUGUUAAAUAGAAAGAAAGCUUGUAAUAUACAAUUUUCUGCCUUUCUA